GUCCCCUGGCCGCCGUAGGUCGCGCGCAGAGUGAGCGCGGCAGCGGUAGCAUGCACCGGGCCUCCGCGUCGUCCGCGCCCCUGGCGAGCCCCGACUACUACGAGAGGCUGGGCCGCCUCCAGCAUGGGCUGCGGGACAGUGAAAAGAAGAGAUUGGACUUGGAAAGGAAACUUUAUGAACACAGUCAGUCUGAUACAUGCAGAGUUAAACUGAAGUAUGUAAAAUUAAAGAAAUACCUCAAAGAAAUAUGUGAAUCAGAAAAGAAGGCUCAUGCUCGAAACCAGAAAUAUUUAAAGUGGUGUGAGCGUGUACAAGCUCAUAUUGGACAUUUUACCACAAAUGCAGAGAAGCUUCAGGAACUGAAGAUUGAAUAUGAGACUCAAAUUAAGAAGAUGCAGCUACUGUCAAAAGAUAGCCUGGGAAUAAAAGGUGAACUGAAAGAUGAAGACGGGGAAAAGGUCGCAAGCCAGGCGGGAAUUAACUUGGGAACAGCCGUGUCAGGAGGAAUGUAUCAGCCAGCAACAAUCUUUAUGGGCCGCCAAAUGUCAGCCAUCUCAAGCAUUGGAGAUUUCAGUACAGAGCAGAAAUCUCCCCAGCCCACAAAGAACUUUUCAAUUCCUAACCCACAUUCAUGCCGACAGACAACCCAGAGCAGUAAUGUGACAGACAGCUGUGUAGUACAAACUGAUAGUGAUACACAGUGCUUAAAUAAGCCUGACAAAACAGAUGGAAAGACAUCUCUUCAGAUUGGCGAGGAAACGCCAGUCACAGCCGAUGUAUUGUCUGAGGGGGAGGAAACUCACUGCUUGGAGAUAGGAAGCAACACACGCCACAGCAAUUUAUCUGAAAGCAAAAAGUCUGCUGAACUUCAUUCCCCGUUACAGGAAGGAUUAAGUCCAGAGAACAGAACUACUGAUUUAAAGUGUGACAGUUCCAGCAGAUCAGAGGGAUCAGAGGAAGAAAUACUGACACGGGAACAUAUUGAAGUCAAGGAAGAAAGAGCCAGACUGCCAGUCUCUCCGAUAACAGUUUCAGAAUACUGUGCAUUUGAAAAUAAGUGUUCUCAAGAGAACCGCUCUGCUUGGGAAGAUUUCUUAGAUCAUCUUCCUCAGGGGGACCCAGAGUCACAGAGGACCUUCGGAAAAACGCAGGAGGAGCAAGAAGAGGAAAGUUUGAGCAGCAGCAGUGACCUCACAGUUUCUGUGAGUGAAGAUGAUCUGAUUUUAAAGAGUCCAGAACCACAGCCAAAUCCAUAUGACAAGAUGGAGGGAAAGGAUGGAAUAAAAGCCUUAAAAUUAAUUCACUCUGAGGAGGAAAGAGAUACCCUAUUCACCAAAAAAAAGAAUUCUAUUUUGCAAAGCCUGAGCUCUCCUAAUUCAAAAAAGGAAUCCUCCACUAACUCACCAACAAGAGAGCUCUGUAAUCACACUGACAUUCAGACAGAAGAAGACCUUGAAACCUGUGGAACAGCUGUCCUUCACCAGCUUCAGGAACUCUUAGUUGGGGGUGGCAGCAGUGAAAAGCAAGUCAGAUCUGAACAACCACCACACUCAGACUUACUGAGGGCACAAUUGAGUCAGCAUGUCACUAUCUUGAACGAACAAGAUAGUUCUCUCACAGAAGAGAUAGCUAAGCCCUUUGAAGUUUCCACAGUAAGAAAUGAGCACCAGAGGAUGAAGGCAACAGCAUUAUUGAAAAAAGCCCUCACAGAAGAGUGUGCAGAUAGGUCAUCUAUUCACAGUGAUGAAUCAUCCUGCAGCUUGCCAUCUAUUCUGAAUGACAAUGGUGGCAUAAAGGAAGCAAACCUCGGUCUAUGGCUCAACAGUGUUCCUACAGGAGAACAAGAAGUUUCAAGCAGCUGCAGAGAUGAGAGCAAGGAAGAAAGUGUGGCAACAAAGAUUCCAGUCACAGAAACAAAAGCCUACCAGUUGCUGAAGCGGUCUACCCUUCAGGAUAAUACACACCAGACUGAAGACAGAUUCCACAAAGCAGGUGUUUCCACAUCACAGUUGUCAGGUUUGAAUGUUGGCAGUGGCACAUUCAAGACAAAGACAACUAACAAAAUCGCUUCGGAAGCGAAUUUUUCAUCUAGCGAAGGAAGUCCUUUGUCAAGGCAUGAAAACAAAAGGAAACUAACCACCACCUUAAAAUCUAAAGACUUCUGGGGUGAGUCUGAUGACAGCAACUCAGAAAUUGAAGCUGCUUUACGUCCUAGAAACCAUAACACAUCUACUGAUGAUUUUGAUGAUUUUUAUGACUAAUAAGCUGUAACGUCUGUUGGAAAUAAAAGUCUUUAAACAAACUACAACCUUGUAUUCAUAUGUGAUGGCCAAAAUAAACAAAUCCUUUUAAGUUUUCUAAAUUGUUUAAUGUGAAAUUUCAUGACAUAAAUAUGAACCAGCCUAUGUGCUUGAAGUGUUAUCAGAAAAUAAAGUGAUGAAUGCAAUGCCCAUCAAAAUUCCAGUUGGCUUCUUCGCAGAAAUUGUCAAGCUGAUCCUAAAAUCCAUAUAGAAAUUCAAGGGACCAGAAUAGCCAAAACAAUCUUGAAAGAGAAAAACAUAGUUGGAGUAGUCACACUUCCCUACUUGAAAACUUACUGUAAAGCUACAAUAAUUAAAACAAUGUGGUACUGGUAUAAGAAUAGACAUAUAGAUCAAUGGAGUAUUGAUUCAAUUAACUCCAUAUUCCAUUGAUCUAUAUAGAAUCCAGAACUAAACUCUCACAGUUAUGGUCAAUUGAUUUUCGACAAGAGUACCAAGACCAUUCAGUGGGGGAAGAUUAGCCUUUUCAACAAAUGGUGCUGGGGCAGCUGGAUAGUCACAUUCAGACAAUUGAAGUUGGACCUCUAUGUCAUGCUACAUACAGAAAUUAACUCAAAAUGGAUCAAAGACCUAAAUGUAAGAGCUAAAACUACAAAACUCAUAGAAGGAAACGUAGGCAUAAAUCUCCGUGACUUUGCAUUAGGCAGUAGUUUCUUAGCUCUGACAAUCAAAAGCGCUAACAGCAAAAGAAAAAAAUAAAUUAUUGGACUUCAUCAAAGUUAAAACUUCUGUGCAUCAAGAAAGUAAAAAGACAACCCACAGAAUGGGAGAAAACAUUUGCAACUCAUGUAUCUAAUUAAACGGACUUGUAUCCAGAAUAUAAAGGAGCCCUGGUUGCACAGUGGUUAAGCUCUUGG